CCCGCCCCCUCUCGAGGGGCCCGGCCCCGGGCGCGGCCUGCGAUUCCGCCCGGCGUUCGCGAAGCUGCAGAGAUGGCGGUCACCGCCGAGGGCGCCCGUAGGAGGGAGCGCGUCCUCUGCCUGUUUGACGUGGAUGGGACCCUCACGCCGGCUCGCCAGAAAAUUGACCCCGAGGUGGCCGCCUUCCUACAGAAGCUGAGAAGUCGGGUGCAGAUUGGUGUGGUGGGCGGCUCCGACUACUCUAAGAUUGCUGAGCAGCUGGGAGAGGGGGAUGAAGUCAUUGAGAAGUUUGAUUAUGUGUUUGCCGAGAACGGGACAGUGCAGUACAAGCAUGGACGACUGCUCUCCAAGCAGACCAUCCAGAACCACCUUGGGGAGGAACUGCUGCAGGACCUCAUCAACUUCUGCCUCCGCUACAUGGCCCUGCUCAGGCUGCCCAAGAAGCGAGGGACCUUCAUUGAGUUUCGGAAUGGCAUGCUGAACGUUUCACCUAUUGGCCGGAACUGCACACUAGAGGAACGAAUCGAGUUCUCCGAACUGGACAAGAAGGAAAAGAUCCGUGAGAAGUUUGUGGAAGCCCUGAAAACAGAAUUUGCUGGUAAAGGACUGAGGUUCUCUAGAGGAGGCAUGAUCAGCUUUGAUGUGUUCCCGGAGGGCUGGGACAAGCGCUACUGUCUUGACAGCCUGGACCAGGACAGCUUUGACACCAUCCACUUCUUCGGGAAUGAGACCAGCCCUGGUGGGAACGACUUUGAGAUCUACGCCGACCCCCGCACUGUGGGCCACAGUGUGGUCUCUCCGCAGGACACAGUGCAGCGAUGCCGGGAGAUCUUCUUCCCAGAGACGGCCCAUGAGGCGUGACUGGGACCUGUCCUCACCCACUGGGACUUUCAGAGCCACAGACAGGUCUGAAGACAGGCCCUGGUGUUGGGUGGCUGUCAGAGCCUUCCUCCUCUGGCCCAGGAUCUGUGCUGCUUGCCACAGGGCCCACCUGGCAGGGCCAAGGCAGGCACCUGCGUGGACGGGACAGGCCCCCUGUGGUCAGCUCCUGCUGCUCCCAUCCUCUUGUCCUUCCCCUGAGGCCUGGCUACCAUUGCUGCUUGUACUUUUGAGCCAAACAGGUUUCUGUCUACACUGGGAGGAGGUAUGUAUGAGUGUUGGUACCAGGUAGAGCCUGCCCUGGCUGUCUGCCACAGGUGUGGGUACAGAGCAGCAGGCGAGGUACACACUUAUGAGGACUUCAUCUCACAAACAAUAAACAUUUCAGGGAAAAAAAAA